AUGGGGUACUUUGCUAGGGUCCUUGUCGAAAUUGAUAUUUCUGAAUUUGCUGUGAGAAUUGAUGAAGUUCAAGUCGAAAGAUUUGAACCUGGCACGUCCAAAGUCUUUGGCUUUCGUCAAAAAAUGGUGUAUGAGGAUAAUAUUGAUCGGUGUGGGUAUUGCCGCCAAGUGGGCCACUUGGUUUCAACAUGUAGACAGAAGAAACUUGAUGACGCCAAGCAGAACGCCAUGGAUAAUGCUGCAGCAGUGCAAGGGACGGUGUACGUUGAAGAUGGAGUCAAUUCCAUGGGUUUGAACUCAGAUAGAGUGAUUCAAAAUUUGAAUGAGAAUCCAAUUCACACGCAUAUCUCUCCUACCAAUUGUGGAACCCUUGAUAAGGAAGUUGUUAACUGUGGAGCGUCAACUAAGGAAGAUUUAAACCGAAACGAAUCUGAGAAAUAUGCCAAUGACUCAAACACUCUCAACCAAGUUUUCUCGGUGGAUAAAGGGGUAUCCAGUGGGUCUGAUUCGGAAUCUGAUUAUGGAUCAUUAAGCGGUUCUUCUGACUAUGACCCAGUUUCCUCUUCCCUGCCCAUGGAGGAUUCCAGUGCCUCUUUGGUCACAGGAGCUAAGAAUCGCACUCCUAUUCAAGAAGCUAGAUACUCCUCUUGGCCUAGAAGACCGAUCUCCCUACAGGGUCAUGGUCGUGGUGGUGCUUCUCUACCUCACCUUCAGCUGCCAGUCCAAGAGGCAUCUCGUGAGGAAAACAUUGUCUCAUCUCUGCCUGUAGCAGACUGCUCAAGGGGCGUGGUCUCCGUUGUGCAUGAAGUAGGCCUAAUUGACAAGGAAGCAACUAUGCGAGAGAAAAACACAACAGUAAAGGCCAUGGGCAGCAAACAGAAGAAAAAAGAUUUCAUCCAUAACACUAGGCAGAGUAAAGCUCCUAACUUAUGGAUUUUAUGGAAGAUUGGUUUACCACACCCUGUAGUCUCUGCCUCUUCAGAUCAAUCUAUUUCCAUUCUCUGCGAUUGGCUUGGUAGCAAGAUAGGUCUAUCUUUUGUCCAUAUUGGCUCUUUUAAAGUUAUUCGCAGGAAUUUGUGGUUAGAGUUGGGGUUGCAGGUGUCCCCUCUUAUCCCCUGGUUAGUAAUUGGGGACUUCAAUGCCACUCUAGCUUCUCAUGAGAAGCGCGGCCGUAGAGCUUUUAAUUUGGGAUCAACAGCAGAAUUUCAGGCCAUGGUUGAUGGGUGCGAGCUGCUUCCUGUUCCCUCUCUGGGAAAGAAAUUUACUUGGUCAAAUAAUCGUCGUCGAGGCAAUGUGAGGGCAGUUCAGGAUUGUACCUUUUGCAAUGAGAAGCGACUUGAUUUCUUCAAGAAUGUAAAGCAGCUGGUCUUGGUGUCCUCAGCGUCUGAUCAUGCCCCGUUAUUAAUAGCUUCAGACGAUAUUCCAAAGCCUAGAAAUUCCCCCUUUCGUUUCCACAGCUUCUGGAUGGAAAAUGAAAGUUUUAUUUCGGUGGUGGAGGAUGCUUGGAGGAGUCAAUUUGGUGGUGACCCUAUUUUCAUCCUGGCAUCCAAAUUAAAAAGAGUUAAAGAGACAUUGAGACCAUGGGCGAGGUCUACUUUUUCUAACUUGAAUGAUGAGCUUGAGAAGGUGAGGUUGGUCCUCAAGGAGGUUCAAGAUAUGAUUGAUGUGGCUGGUAUGACAAAUGAAUUGUUCAAUAAAGAAGCUGAUGUAAAGACUACUUUGUUGAAAGCUAGUCAGUUGCACGACAAGAUGUGGAGGUUUCACAAGGCUUCUGAAACCGUUGUUCCCAAUGACUUGCUAAAAAAUAUUCUAAGAGUGUUGGAAGAGGAUGAUGUGGCGGUUCUGGAGUCUGUUCCAAGCAGGGAUGAAAUUAAUCAGGCGGUGUGGGACUUGGACCCAGCUAGCUCACCAGGUCCAGAUGGCUUUCCUGGCAGUUUCUUUCGUAAAUGCUGGCCUAUAGUUGAGGACGAUUUUUGCAGGGCUGUUAAAAAAUUUUUUGAGGCUGGUCAACUUCCUAAAGGGAUCAAUAAUUGUUUUAUAUCUCUCAUUCCUAAGGUUGAAGGGGCAACAUCCCUUGAUAGGUUCCGUCCAUAUGUAUGGGGAACUUUUUCUGCAAGGUUUUGA